UGCUUCCCCGUUAUGUACAUAAAUCAGGCGCCCGCCGCCGCCGCCGCUGUGAGGGUCUGUGCAGGCAGACAGGAGAGGCGCACAUGCACACCGCACCGCCGCGGCUCGUCGCUGCCACUGCAGCCGGAGUGCAGCGGAGCAGACCGGGAGGCGGAAUGGCCUGAGCUCGGCUCGACUCGGAUCGCCUUGACGCGGCGAGAUGCUGCUCCUCUAACUGGCCGCCUGUCCGUAGCGCGUCCGCCCGUCUGGCCGGCCGCAUUGCUGCAGUGCUGCUUUUUUUUUUUGCCUUUUUUUUUUUCUUCCAGGUGUUGUGUGUGCGCGUGAGCGUGCUCGCGCGCGCGAACGUCCGUCGUAUAGCCUGGUGGUAAUUCUUGUACCACCAGGCACAAGAGUCGGAGUCGGAGGAGUGGGUGGAGGGGGGCUUGGGGGGAGCAGAAGAAAACAGGAGUCUGAUGUCACAUGUGCUUCAUCGGAGGAGACGGGGCAUCUGCGAGCCGGAUUCUGUGGAGGAUGCUGCGGCAAGUGAUACACAGAGGGCUCAGGGCUUCCUUCUACUGGCUCGGCUUGUUCGUCAGCAGGCACCCCGUCUUCUUCCUCACCGUCCCCGCGGUGCUCACCAUCAUCUUCGGCUCCACAGUGCUCAGCCGCUUCAAGCCCGAGCGGGACCUGGAGGUGCUGGUCGCCCCGACUCACAGCCUGGCCAAGAUCGAGCGCAGCCUCGCCAACAGCCUGUUCUCCAUCGACCAGUCCAAGCACAAGCUGUACUCGGAUCUGCACACGCCCGGCAGAUACGGCCGGCUCAUCCUGCUGGCCAGGUCCGGCGGCAACAUCCUGGAGCUGGCCGACCAGGUCCUGCAGGUCCACCGGCAGGUGCUGGAGCUGCGCGUCGCCUACAAGGGCUUCAACUACACGUUCGCGCACCUGUGCGUGCUGAGCCACGGGGACCGGCGCUGCCUCCUGGAUGACAUCGUCACCGUGUUCCAGGACAUCCAGCAGGCUGUGCUGUCCAACAGCAGCUUCCACAAGGUGCCGCUCAGCUACCCCAACACCACUCUAAAGGAUGGACGUGUGUCCUUCAUCGGCCACCAGCUUGGAGGGGUAUCCUUCUCACCCAACAGUCGGGACCAGCAGGUCAAGUUUGCCCGGGCCGUCCAGAUCACAUACUACCUCCGUAGCAUCGGCCCUGUGGUGCAGGACGUCAUCGCAGAGCGCUGGGAGAAUGAGUUCUGCUCUCUGGUCACCAGACUGUCCACGGCCGAGGCGCCGCACCCGACCGACCAGCUUCACAUCCAGUCGCUCACUUCCUUCAGCCUUUGGCGGGACUUCCACCAGACCGGCAUGCUGUCCAAAGGGGAGGUGCUGGUCAGUCUGGUUCUGGUGCUCCUGGCUGCCACCAUCUCCAGCUCCAUGCGGGACUGCCUGAGGGGGAAGCCUUUCCUCGGCCUCCUGGGCGUGCUGACCAUUUGCAUCGCCAACGUGACAGCUGCAGGGAUCUUCUUCAUAUCGGAUGGGAAGUUCAACUCCACACUGCUGGGAAUCCCGUUUUUUGCCAUGGGUCAUGGAACCAAAGGGGUCUUUGAACUUCUGGCAGGCUGGAGGAGAACAAGGGAAAACCUUCCCUUCAAGGAGCGCGUGGCCGAUGCCUUCGCCGACGUGAUGGUGUGCUACACCAUGACCAGCUCGCUCUACAUCAUCACCUUCGGCAUGGGAGCCAGCCCUUUCACCAACAUCGAGUCGGUGAAAAUCUUCUGCCAGAGCAUGUGCGUGGCCAUCCUGGUCAACUACUUCUACGUUUUCUCUUUUUAUGGCUCCUGCCUGGUGUUCGCCGGACAGCUCGAGCAGAACCGCUACCACAGCGUUUUCUGUUGCAAGAUCCCCUCAGUGGAAUACUUGGACCGUCAGCCGACAUGGUUUAAAACCAUGAUGAGCGACGGCCACGACCUGUCCACCCACCACGACAGCGUGCCGUACCAAAAUCACUUCAUCCAGCACUUCCUGCGUGAGCAUUACACCGAGUGGAUUACUAACACCUAUGUCAAGCCUUUCGUGGUCAUCCUUUAUCUUAUCUAUGCUUCUUUUUCAUUCAUGGGAUGUUUACAAAUUAGCGAUGGAUCGAACAUAGUGAACCUGCUGGCCAGUAACUCGCCAAGCGUCUCGUACGCCGUGACCCAGCAGAAGUACUUCAGUAACUACAGUCCUGUGAUUGGGUUUUACAUCUACGAGCCCAUCGAGUACUGGAACUCCACUGUGCAGGAGCACCUGAAGACUCUCAGUCAUGGCUUCAACAAGAUCUCUUGGAUGGACAACUUUUUCCACUACCUCCGGGUGGUGAACAUCAGCACGUCGACCAAGAGUGACUUCAUCAAUAUUCUGAAGGGUUCUUUCCUGCGCAGCCCGGAGUACCAGCACUUUACAGAGGACAUCAUCUUCUCGAAAAACCGCAACACAGACGAGUACGACAUUAUCGCCUCGCGCAUGUACUUAGUAGCGCGGACGACGGAGAAGAAGAGAGAGGAGGUGGUGGAGCUCUUGGAGAAGCUUCGCCCCUUGAUGCUGAUCAACAGCAUCAAGUUCAUUGCCUUCAAUCCCACGUUUGUUUUCAUGGACCGCUACAGUUCCUCCGUCAUCUCGCCCAUCCUGACCUCAGGCUUCAGCGUGCUCACCAUCCUCAUCCUCACGUUCUUCCUGGUUAUCAACCCUUUGGGAAACUUCUGGCUCAUUCUCACGGUUACGUCCGUGGAGCUGGGCGUCUUGGGUUUGAUGACCCUCUGGAACGUCGGCAUGGACAGCAUCUCAAUCCUGUGCCUUAUUUAUACUCUAAACUUCGCUAUGGAUCACUGUGCACCACACCUGUACACUUUUGUGUUGGCCACUGAGCACACGAGGACGCAGUGCAUCAAGUUGGCACUGGAGGAGCAUGGGGCGGCCAUCCUGCAGAACACGUCCUGCUUCGUGAUCGGGAUCAUGCCUCUAGUGUUUGUGCCUUCCAAUUUGACCUACACGCUGUUCAAGUGCUCCCUGCUCACGGCGGGCUGCACCUUGCUGCACUGUUUUGUCAUCCUGCCCGUCUUCCUGACUUUCUUUCCGCCAUCCAAAAAGAGGCACAAGAAGAAAAAGCGGGCGAAGCGGAAAGAGCGGGAGAGGGAACGCGAGCGGGAGAGAGAACGGGAGGAGAUAGAGUGCAUCGAAGUCAGGGAAAAUCCUGAUCACGUGACAAACGUUUGAGCAGUUACUAACGUCAGUGAUCUGUAACCGUGGCUUACUGGUAGACUCUCAGAUGGUGAGGCAUCUCUUACGGUCCAGGGGAGCGUACGGUGUCCGCCACGGAGUGGUUGCUCCCUAACAACAGCAGCUAAGCUGACCGGGUUCUAGCGCAGCCCCAACUGGUCGAUCAUUCAGUCCCUCUGUCCAGACAAUGUGUCUCAUUAGCACAAACUGGUUACUUAAGCUUUCCCCAACUCCUAGAAAUGCAAAACAAUUUAGUUACCAAAACUUGCCUGCUAAAUUUCUAAAGAAAACUGCAGAACUACAGUAAUAUCUGGGUUUUGAUGUUACCAGUUGUGUGUUCAUCUCCUGCAGUCGUCUCUCAAUAAACAGAUGAGGGUCAUAGAAGUUCCUUAAGGGGCGGACACUGAGACGCUUCAGUAAGAGUGAUAUGUGAGCUGAUAAAACAGACAAAGACGACUCUGCACACACCUUACAUUAACCCCUCAAUAUCAGCGAAAGGAGACAAAACCAAAUCACGUGCAGAGAGAAAAAUACAGUAGGCUGAAAGCCCACUGCAUGCUUUUCUGUAGCAUCAAAAUUAGCUCAACAGCUGAACCUGGCAGAUAGCUUACACUGUGUCCUUUACGAAGAACUAUCUUCCACAUUAAAUUGCGAGGAUAGAAUUGUCAAGGUUCAGUCAAAGCAGAGGGAGAAAAUUUUGUUUGUUCCGGAGUUUGUAGAAAUUCUUAGGCAGGGGCCAGAAAAUGCUGCAGUGAGCUGCAGAGGGCGAGAGCCGGUGGGAAGGGACUGUUGUGCAGCAGCAGCAUUUCAAAGGCAAUAAGCCUAACGGCAGAACUCCAGUGUUGUGCAUUGAAAACAUUAAAACCAAAAUGUCGGCUUAUUAUGUUGAGCUCUUCAGUGGAUCAAUCGCAGCAGAAACUCUCAGUUAUGUUGCGGUUGGUGAUUGUCUCUGUGUCAGGCUCGAACACGGUUCAGUUCCUAUUAACGGUGCCAAAUAGUGUACAGAGGCUUUUGUUCUCUAGUUUGUUUGUUUUUUAAUUAAAAAUAAAAUAUCAGUACAUUUAAAUAUUCAUGAGAAAAGAAAUGACCAUGAAUUGAAACCCUGUCAUCCCAAAACUGACUGCUGUUGAUUGAAAAUGAUGAUGCAGGUUUUACAAUAAAAAAUGAGGCUAGUAAAUAACUAUGACUUGUAGUGUGAGGGGAAAAAAUUACCUUGGAGAAAAAUCCCUACAAAAUACACAUUGUAAUUUCUAAUUAUUUAGCAUUUUGUUUCUUCCAAAUGAAGUCGUUUUUUUUUCUGAAAGCUGUGGAUUUCUAUUGAUACAAAUUUCAUUUCU